AUGUCUGUUCCGAGUAAAUCUAUUGAUAAAAAUAAACGUUAUGCUGGUGUUAAAGCAAACGAUUUUGUAAACAAAGCACGGACGAACGAAACGAGUCGAGCGGCUGCUCGUACUCAAGGAUGGGCUAAUCUCGGAAAAAUCAACAGUCGACGAAUACCACCCCCAGCUAAUUUACCAAGUUUAAAAAGUGAAACAGGUACAACUCCAGCAACAUUUGAUCCAACAAUACCAACAGGUACUAGUCAUGGAUGGACAGCUAGUGGAAAUCAAACACCAACAAAUCUCGCUAAUAAUCAAACACGCCCAUUAACACCAUCAAAACAGCCAACACAACAACAACUUGAUUCCAUACCUGCUAUUGUUUCAACACCACCACCAUUACCAUCAUCAUCAUCUACACUUUCAUCUGAUAUUGAUAAACCUCGUGGAGGAACAACGUGGAGUACAGUAACAGCUGGUAAUACAACAGGAAAUACAAAUGAUCAACCACCAAAUUUACUUGGUUUAAAUGAUUUUCCACGUUUAGUUACACAAGAUAAUAAAAAUACAAAAUCACAAUCUGAUUCAUUAAUUAAUUCAAUAUCAACAACAACACAAGGACCAAGUUUGAGACCAGCUAAUUUAGCAUCAUGGAAAGAAGGUGGUGGUCGUGCUCAACCAAUGUCAAAUGAUUUAACUAAAGAAUCAAACGAUAAUAAUAAUAAUAAUAAUACCAAUAAUAAUAAUUUAUCAACAUUAUCAAUGCAAUCACAAAUGUUACCAACUAAUACAAAUAAUAGUUUACUUCAAUCACAAAUACAAAAUCCUAAUAAUUCAUCAUACAUGCGAAUGUAUCAACAACAGCAACAACAACAACCACAGCAAAUGUGGUCAUAUAAUAUGGGUAAUUCUUAUGGUCCAUAUGGAACAAAUCAAGCACCUGCACAAAUGUCCAUGCAUCAAUUACAUCAUCAUCAUCAACAACAACAACGUAUGUCACCGUAUGGUAAUAAUGUUCAAAAUCAAUCUCAACAACGUCAUAAUACAUCAACAGAUUAUAAAACUCCAACAAUAUUACGAAAUAAAGAUAUUGAUGAUUUAUCAAAAUUAACCGAUAAUGUUACAUGGGCAAGUGCAUCUCAGGAAGUAAAUUAUGAAGAAAAAAUUCGAUUUAGUGAUGAUGAAGAUAAUGAUAUAACGGAUAAAAAUAAUAAAUCUCGUCGAUUUAAUCAUUCUCAACAACAAUCAAAACAAACAUAUCCUCAAGUAUUACAAAAUAAUAAUACGAAUAAUAAUCGUACAUUACAUACAAAUUAUUCUCAACAACAAACAACACGUUCACGUUUAUUACAUGAUGAUGAACAUGUUAAACAAAUGCAAGAUGAUAAAAAUUCUGAAUUAAUUAAUACAUUAACUGUUGCUAAACAACGACGUGAUGAACAAGAACGUAAUCUUCGUGAUAAUUUAUCACAUCGUACAACAACAACAAAUGUUCAAAAAUCAUUUGAUGAUCAAAAACAAAUACCUGGUUAUCAAACACGUCCAUUAUUAACAUCAACUGGUCAAGAUAAUUUAACAUCAUCAUCAUCACAAAUUGAUUCAUCAUCAUUAUGGGGACAAUCAAAUCCUACUACUACAACAACAACAGCAGCAACAACAACAACAACAACCACAACAACAUCUCGGCCUCGUCAUGAUACAACAGACAGUCAAACAUUUGCAAUGAAAAGUUGGUCUGAUCAAAUGGAUUCUUUUAAUUAUGCUUCAUUACAUGAAAAGUAA